AUGGCGUUAGUGCGGGAGCCGAUGGACGCGGAGCCGCCGCGGGCCGCUAAGAAGCAGUGCGGUGCGAGCAGGAAGACGAGCAAGCCGAAGCCGCCGGCGGCGACCACCACAUCCCCCAGCUCUCCGCAAAGCCUCGUCGCAAAGAACCGCCGUGAGAAGAUCAGCGAGCGGCUCCGGACGCUGCAGGAGCUGGUGCCCAACGGCACCAAGGUGGACAUGGUCACCAUGCUCGAGAAGGCCAUCACCUACGUCAAGUUCCUGCAGCUACAGGUCAAGGUGCUGGCCACGGACGAGUUCUGGCCGGAGCAAGGCGGAAUGGCGCCGGACAUCUCCCAGGUGAAGGAGGCGCUCGACGCCAUCUUGUCAUCGUCCCCGCCGCCUUCACGGAGGGGGCAACUGAACUGA